UGCCCCGUACAAUUAUCAACCAGCAGCGUACCGUUUUGUUGCCGUCAGGUUGCCGGUAGAGCAUGUCGUGCCGUUCCUUCGUUCCGUCAACGACGACGUGAUAAUAAACACACACUAUACACAUAUUCAAUUUAUCUUUUUCUCCUUGUUCUCAUCACAGCAAUCGUAUUAAAUUAUUGUUAAAUAUUUUUACGUUCGUGUCGCGUCCGUAAUUUAUCGUGUCCGAGAAAUAAUAUUCGUUAGUAUUUUUUUUUUUUUACAUAAUAUUUUCUUAACCGACAAGUUCGUACGUACGGUUUUUGUUUUUCCGCUCGGAAAAUAUUUUUACUUUUACACCGCUCAUCGAUAGUGCGCGCGUACGACGGAAAUAAAAAGUUCGACAGUGCUCGUCGCCGCUUCCGCGUGUGUGUCUCUCGUGUCGUUACGCACGUAAAUGCUUCACCGUCGUCCGAACGUCGUCGCAGAAAACGUACCGAUUUCUUGACACGAGAACGCCGCCCCAACAUUAUAUCCUGUGGAAUUCAACCGUCCGCCCGACGAUAAGAACCGAACUUUAAAGGCAUCAUGAAAUUGAUGCCUCUGACUCCGGGUCAGGUAUCUACACUAACGCGGCACGGCGGAGCUACUGUCGGUGGCGGCGGAGGUGGUGGUGGUGGGGGUGGUUUUGGUGGAGGAGUCGGAGGAGGAGGUGGAGGAGUAAGCGCUGCGACAAACGGUACCCCCGGGAUGACCAACAACGCAGCGGCCGCGGCGUUCGUGUUCAACAGCGGCGCUGCAGCCGCCGCCGAUUUGUUCUGGCGUUACCAUCACCCGCACCACGGCGGUGCGUUCAAUUUUCCACCCUCGCCCACGCUGUUGCCGCCAACGCCGUUCCCGUCGCCCCUGGACUUCAAACACCACUUGCCGGCCAACCUGAUCACGGACCCGAGGAUUUGGACCAAGGAGGACGUGACCACGUUCGUGCAAUGGGCCGAGAUCGAGUUCGACUUGCCGCGGUUCGACACCGAACUGUUCCAGAUGAACGGCAAAGCGCUGUGCCUGUUGACCAAACAAGACCUCGGCGAACGGUGCCCGGGCGCCGGCGACCUGCUCUACAACGUGCUGCAGCUGUUGCGACGCGGCGGCGAGAUGUUGACCGCCACCGGUUCCGGUCAUUUGCCCGGCAGCCCGGUCGCUUCGCACUUCCCGUUCAGCCCCACUUGGUGCCUCCCGGCGCCGUCUUCUCCGGCCGUUCUCAGCCCGGCGCCGUCCAUAGACAGCCAGUCGGAAAGUCCUCGGCACAUGGACUACCACCAACAACCGCCGACCACGGUCGGACACCACCUCACGCCCAGUGUGUCCAUAUUCCCGACGACUCCAACAGUUGGAUACUCAAACAACGGCGGCACAAGCUCUGGCGGCAGCAAUCAAUCCGAUUCGGAUCCCGAAGAAUCAUCUGCCAGCAGUGGUACACUGAAUCUACCACCGCCUACGCCGACCACGCCGUCUUCGUCCACGUCACCUCCGCCAUACUCCCCAUCUACACCCAAACAGUCUAAUGGAAACAUCUUCUUCCCGUCCGGCGACUCCAACUCCAUUGAACCUAAUACUAAUGGUCGUCUCUUAUGGGAUUUUCUCCAGCAACUUCUAAACGAUACCCAUCAACGGUUCACCAGCUUCAUUGCUUGGAAAAAUCAAGAAAUGGGUGUGUUCAAAAUUGUCGAUCCUCCCGGUCUGGCAAAAUUAUGGGGCAUUCAAAAGAAUCAUUUGUCCAUGAACUAUGACAAAAUGUCCCGAGCCUUACGUUAUUAUUACAGGGUAAACAUUCUCAGGAAGGUGCAAGGUGAACGACAUUGUUACCAAUUUCUGCGUAAUCCGAGCGAGCUGAAAUGCAUAAAGAAUAUAUCGUUGUUGCGUCAACAAAUGGCAUCUUCGCCUCAAACUCCAACCACUACCACUACUAAAAAUGAAUCGGUGACCGGAGACAUGUCCGACGAAGACUAUAAACCUACUGACCUGAGCAUGCCAUGUCCACCCAACUCAUGGCAGGAUGGCCCUCAAGACUUGUCGACAGCGUCAACAAGUUCUUCGAUGCAACUACAACUUAAUAUGUCUACAUCAAUGACCCCACCUGUGUCUUCUGGAAUAACCAAAACAGCCCUUAAACUUGAACAAGCUUCUUAAUGUAGUCUUCUGAAUUCCAACCCACCGUGCGCCUACAUUUAAUCAGCAUAUACAAGUUUUAAUCAAAGAAAAUGCAUUUUUCUUAAUAUGUUACCAAGUUGGAUGUUUUUAAUUUGUAUGUUAAAUAUGGACUAUUUCAUACCUAAUUCCUAAUGGUAUUUUUGGGGUGCAAUCCAUACAGGGUAUUUGAGUGUACCCCAAAAACAAAAUGUAAUAGUUCUAUUGAGUUAUAAACAGUCUCUGACUGCGCCAGUGGCACAUCCCUUAAGACUGCCGCACAACGAAAUAUACAUAGCGCAACGAUUGAUGCUUGCAUCUGAAGAAUGUUACGUUACCAGUAGUAUAUUAUGGUUUUUUUUUUUUUUUUUUAUUAAUAUUAAAAAAAAAAUCGACUGACAUUAUUUUACAAAGAGUUGACAAGUUGUAGUGUGUGCGAAAAUAAAAAAACAUGUCUGAAACUAGACUAUAUUUUUAUACAGUUACAUUAUCGCCCAAUGUUAAAAAAUUUU